CAAAAGUGUACCUCCUACCGCAAUGUCAUCAAGGUGGGACGCAGCACCACAGCAGCAGGCAGGGGCAAGUGCUAGUGCCAGUGGAAGCGGUAGCGGCAGUCCACCCAACGAUCCAGCAGCAGCAGCAGCCGCGGCAGCAGCAAGGAUCGCAGCGUCCUAUGGCGUGGGAUCGUCCACCGCCCCUUCCUCGCAAGCCCUUACCACCCUGAAGUCGCAGAGCAGUGGCGGACCUCCAGCAGACAAGAGGAGAGAAGGAAAUGAGGCGCCAUUCAAUGAGUUCGUCGAUAUCAACGAUGUCAAGAACCGAUACCUCAUCACCCGCGGUCCCACGCAGCACCAGAUCCACCAAGACACCGGCGCGUCCCUCACCACAAAAGGCACCUGGUACCCAGACCGCAACCUGGCCAAGCCUGACAACCCUCCUCUGUACAUCCACAUUGAAGCGCAGACCGAAGAGAUGCUCCAAAAAGCCCUCGCUAGAGUCAAUGAGGUAAUCAAUUCUGAGGCGCCGCAACUUAUCGAGGAGAGGGGCAUGAGGGGUAGAGCACCCCCUCCUGGUGGUGCCGAUGGGGGCUAUCGCCCACCAGGGGAGAGGAGGAAAUGGACAGAGGAGCGCAUCAAUUUAGGUCUGGAGUCGCUGAGGAACUUCAAUGUGCGAGCAAAGAUCGUGGGGCCCGGUGGGACAUUUGUCAAGUACAUCCAGGCAGAGACGGGAACCAGGGUGCAGAUCAAGGGGAGGGGAAGUGGAUUCAUCGAAAUUGAUACCGGAAGAGAGAGCGACGAUGAGAUGCACAUCCACAUCACCGGACCGGACGACAACCAAAUAGCCGAAGCCAAAACCCUCGCAAUCGACCUGCUAGACGCAGUCAAGACCGAGUGGGAGAAAUCGCGCCAAGUCCUCGAGCAACAAGGUUUCGCGGUCCCCGGUCCGGAUGGGCAAUGGCCACAUGCUCCUGGUGGCGGCAAUGGAACUCCUGCUGGCCCCGCGGGAAUGAAUGGUGGUGGAGGGUAUGGAGCGGGAUAUGGUGCUCAGCAGCAGCAGCAACAACAGGGUCAAGGAUACGGGGGUGGGGGCUAUGCAGCUCAAGGUCAGCAGCAGCAGCAGCAGCAGUACGGCGCUCGCUCCCCCGUAGGUCAAGUUGGAGGUCUUCAGCCUGGUGCGGGUAUAGGCGCGGGUGCGGCAGCAGCUGUACCCCAAAAAUCGCCAGAGGAGGAAGCGCUGGACAAGUACUGGAAGGACUAUAUCACCUGGGAAGACUCCUUCAAGGCGUACCAUGGUCGCGUGCCUACCAAGGAGGACGGAGGACAGGACGUGCCGGCAAAGUAUCGCCAGGCGAGAUGAAGGAUGGUCGGUCAGGGGGGCGGGAGAGGGAGGGAGGGAUGAGAGGAGAAGCAAAAAAGAAUCACGCCAUAUCGCUUCGCUUUGCCAUGCCA